UACCCCCCACUACUUUUGUUGCAAGACCUGUGUAGAAGACCGUGGUGUUAAUCAGUGUCGAUUUGUUUUGACUUUUACAGUUAACCUCAAACAAAUAUUUGAGGUUAAGUUUAAGACGUGGGAAAGUAAACAAAAUUAAUUAUUUAUCUUGAAUGAAACAUAGUUUAUAAUUCAAUGCUAUAAUGUCUGAAAUCAAUGAAAAUGUGACCGAUGGUGAGAUUAAAUCGGAAUGCGCAAAUCAAGAAUCAACAAAUACUAGCGAGGAAUAUGCGUAUUUAGAUCGGGGUGGUUUCUCUUCUGAGAAAUUUAAGAUUGAAUUACGAGGAUUACCCAAAUUUUAUGGAAUAGUUGAAUUAAAAAAAUUGAUGAAUCAAAAACUGGGUUUAAAUAUGAGUAAAAUUAAAAGGCCUAAGAACGGUAGUCACUGGCUAUACGCUUGUUUCCAAAAUGAUGAAGAACGCACAAAAGCGAUUGCCGCGUUAAAUGGUUACUCGUGGAAAGGAAAAACAUUGAUAGCUGAAGAAGCAAAACCAGCACCAGAUCCACUGGUGAGGAAACGGAAACAAGAUGAAGAUACUGCACAAAGUAAAAAGAAAAAAGAGGAUGAAAAUAAACCUCAAGAGGAACGACUUAAAGAUGCAGUCACUCCCUAUUGGAAUAUUCCUUAUGAAGAACAGCUGAAAAUCAAAGAGAAAGAAAUUAAAAAUCUUCUCAUGAAAUUUGACAAUGAAGUAUGGAAAAUCGAUAAAGGCAGACGCAAUAAGAUUGAGUCUAAUAGAAAACUUUAUAAUGGAUUAAGUUUUGAACUUAAACCAAUAGAAAAGUCACCUGUUACAGAAGGUUAUAGAAAUAAAUGUGAGUUUACUGUCGGUAUUGAUGAGGAGACACAAAAGCCUACUGUCGGGUUUAGAUUGGGUAGUUACGUCACAGGAACAGUUGCAGUCGCCCCCCCCACAAGCUUACAACAUAUCCCUGAAAAGACGAAAAAGGCUGUCUUGCUUUUUCAAGACUUUGUUCGUAAAUCGGAAAUGGCACCAUUUUCACCAGCUGACUACUCUGGCUUUUGGAGGUACCUCACUGUAAGAGAAUCAACAUUUUCUGGAGACCUCAUGCUGAUCAUUGCUAUGCACCCACAGGAUCUCUCAUCAAAGCAGUUAGAAGAGCUAUCAGAGCAGUUAGUGGAACACUUUAGCUCAGAGGAAGCAGUUGCUUGCGGAGUAAAAUCUUUGUAUUUCGAAGUAAUCAGAAAAAGAAGAGUCGGUGAAGAUGCCUCGAAGCCAGUUCAUCUGAUGGGCUCGACCCAUAUUAUAGACACAAUACUGGGACUCCAGUUUAGGAUAUCUGCCGAAGCAUUCUUUCAGGUGAACACGGCGGCGGCGGGCGUGCUGCUGGCGCGCGCGGCGGCGCUGGGCGGCGCGCGCGGCGCCACCGCGCUCGACGUCUGCUGCGGCUCCGGCGCGCUCGGCCUGUGCCUCGCGCAGCAUUGCGACAAGGUUUUCGGUCUGGAAUUAGUCGCAGAAGCUGUGAAAGACGCGAAGGCGAAUGCAGAGCUAAACAAUAUAAAAAAUUGCGAAUUCUUUACGGGUAAAGCUGAAGAUAUACUGCCCUCAGUUUUGGCGAGGGUUACGGGGGACAACAUCAUCGCUAUUGUGGACCCACCCCGAGCUGGACUACACAUGCGAGCUGUCACCCAACUAAGAAACACGCAGAAGGUCAAACGCCUGAUAUACAUAUCGUGCAGCCCAUCUUCAGCUAUCAAAAACUUCGUAGACCUGGCCCGACCUUCCUCAAAGACCCUCAAGGGAGCGCCCUUCGUACCCGUGUGUGCGGUGCCUGUGGACAUGUUCCCACACACGAGACAUGUCGAACUUCUUAUACUGUUUGAAAGAGAGGGUUCAUCAAAACCAGAAGAGACUACAGAACCAGUUGAAGCACAAGCAGAUAUCGUAGAGAAUAAUAAAACAACAGAAGUACAACAAACACCUGAUGAUGUAAAUACAAGUGCCACAAGUUGCGUGACGUAAUGUUUAUUAUUUACUUUAAGUAAAUGAUUUUUAUUA